AUGCCUCUUCACGUCUCCCAUUCAACAUAUGUCAAAAAACCAAAAUUCAAAGUGCCGACAUCACCUGAUCCGCCAGCCCGAGACAGCAUAUCCGCUGGAAUGCACGCGCUCGGUGCCAGAUUAAAUUUGAAAUUUUCAGAUCGAAAUAUCCUGCUACAGGCUUUAACGGAUAAGACGUAUGCGAAUACUGAUUUACCUUCAAAUGAGGGUUUUCAGGUAUUGGGCAAUAAUGCUUUCGGUCUGUAUGUUACUGAAUACCUCCAUGUGAAGUAUCCUCGGCUUCCACUUCCCAUAUUCGAAGAGAUAUUGACAAUGUACUGCGGGCAUAGGACAUUGAGUACUUUCGGACGAGAAGUCGGAGUGGACAAGCAGGUCAGGUGGCAAAAGGUGACUGACGAAGCAUUAGAGAAUCUUGAGAGUAAAAAGCCGCGUAAUAUUGGAAAGGUGACUGCUGAUGCUGUUGGUGCAAUUGUCGGGGCAUUGUAUUCUGAUCAGGGCCCGACUGCAGCAAAGAAUUUUAUUCACGAUCAAUUUCUGUCGCGUGACGUUAAUGUUGGUGCAAUAUUUGAGAAGCACAUUGUGAAUCCUAAACGGGACUUAUCUUAUUUACUGAGAAGAUAUUCACAGGAGCCGCCCAUUUCGAGGUUGAUGGCAGAAACUGGCCGAUUCUCAAAGUCACCGGUAUUUAUCGUUGGUGUCUAUUCAGGGGAAAAAAAAAUAGGAGAAGGAUUUGGAAGUUCUCUCAAGAUGGCAGAAUUUAGGGCUGCUAGAGAAGCGUUGAAAACGCACUAUUUAAAAGAGAUCAAAGACUUCGAAUUACCAUCAGUCGUAGAUAACGAUAACGUUGUGUAUAGGCCAACCGAGAUUGAAGACACGCCUGCUGUCGUAUAA